AUGUCGGAACAGAUUCGGUUUGGAGUUGAGUUCGAGAUGGUCGUUAGACCAAAAGAGGAAACCAUAAAACUUCUCGAGUCCUUGUUUGAAUUUGACCAUCGUGACGCUAACGUUCUUCAAACCCACGACCUAGGUUGUACAGACAGGCGCGUCCCGAAUAGAAAUGCCAUUGUCAGAUUCAUAGAGAGUUAUUUGCGACAAACAGGAAUAGAAGUUAACGAUUCCUCAGCCUGCAAAAAGUUCCUGGACGAUGUCGACUACACAAAGUGGACGGUUACCACCGACCCUUCAAUCACAGAAAGCGGCCUCGGCUAUGGUAUCGAAAUUAUAUCUCCAGUUCUUAUUUCUAACCUGUCGGCCGAGAUAAGCAAGUGUACAGGUACCUGGAACUCUGAAAUGGAAAUGGUUUGGACAGCUGUCGAGAAGUAUUUCGAUAUCGUGACGGAGACCCGACACCGUUGCGGUACACAUGUCCACAUGAGUCCGUUGCUUGGGUUUUCUACUGAACAGGUUCGGAGAUUUGCCAGAUUUCUUUACUACUUACACUCUGAUAUUACAGAACAUAUUCCCGAGAGUCGGCGGAAAAUGCGCUUUUCGCAACCAAAUUUUGAUAUUCGGCCAAAGCCGUCUCUUGACGAGUUGGCAGAAGAUGUUCCGCUGGAACAGCUGAUUUCAGCAAUGAUGCCACGGCUGGAAGAUAUGCAAGAAUAG